AUGGACACGGGCAGCAACCCUGUCACCUUGGACGGCGUGCUCCUUACUGAGUACCCGGCCACUCAUGACGUAUUUUGCAACAACGCGGCAAACGCCGAGCUAUUCCAGAUCCUCACGGAGGUCUACAAUAGCACCGAGCAACCCGAGGCGCGCUCCAAGUUAGUCACCCUCUUAUUUUCCUUCCUUGAGAAUGGCAUUUCUCACAGCAAUUUCCUCUCCAGCGAGGUGGCAAUGCACAAAGCGCGUGCCGACAAUCUCCAAACGAACUUCAACAAACUGACAGCUCAUUUCAUGGAGGCGUCCGCUGAGGCCAGUGCCGCCAGAGCUGCCAGACCAGCAGGCCCUGGUAAGAAGAAGGCCCAGGACCACGUUGAGAAGUUCAGCGGAGAUCAGAACGUCCAGAGCGGCGAACGACAGCGUGCCUUCCGAGCAUGGAAGAAUAGUCUGAUCUACAAGUUAGACGAGGACACCGAUGACUACCCUACGGAAGAAUCAAAAAUCAAGUACGCGGCCUCCCGAACCAAUGGAUCUGCGGCUGAUAUGUCUCUCGACGAUAUACUGAAAGCUCUCGGCGCGAUAUAUGACGUCACCAAUCCCGUCAAAGACGCUGAAGACGCUUUGAGUACUCUCCGUAUGGGAGGACUCUCUUGGCCCGAAUUUUACGGAAAGUUCUGCCAGUACCACGCUUUUCUCAAGUAUGACAAUUCAAGCAAGGUUACUCAACUCUCCCACAAGGUUAGUGAUGACCUCGCAAACGCUGUCGCGCUACAAGUCUCUACACCCGCCCCUGAUGACGUUACUGCCUGGGUACAUCUGUAUUCUACCCUCUUCGAUAAUCAGCAGCGCCUCAAGACUCGUAACGCUGGCGGCAACGACAGAGAAGGCAAUAGAGGGAACACGCAGAAUCAAACCCCAAAAGACCCAGACGCUAUGGAAAUCGACAAGAUCAACAGCAUCAUUCAGAAGGCCGGCGGACGUGGCAUAAACCGCAAAAUGUAUAACUACCGCAAGAACAAAAGCCUCUGCCAUGGCUGCGGCGACGGAACCCAUUACUGGCGCAGCUGUCCUCUUCGAGGCUACGACGGUAACCAGCAGAGGGGCCGCGGUCGAGGCCAGGGAAGAGGCAGAGGCGACUAUGGUGGAUGGAACGCCUAUAACGCUUACAAUAACGGAGGCUUCAACGGAGGCGGCUGGGGUCCUUGGCAAGGUGGCACCAAUGUGAAUCGGGGUGAUCGUGGCGGCGGCCACCGAAACCGCGGAGCUCAUUCUGGCGCCAGUGCUGGAGGAGGUUUCACAGUCAACCAUAUGGACUUCGGUUUCGGACCCGUUGCCUUCAACCCCUACACAGGCCAGCGAAUCGGAGGAGAGCAGGACCGCCCGGAAGAAAGCAGCGGCAUCGAGGAAGCGGAAACGAGUAGCUUCUGCUCAAUGCCGCGAGCAGAAGCAUAA